UUUAAUUUGUUGUCAAUAUGUUAAAGAUGGCCGUGGAGAAACAAAAUAAAGAUCCCGAGCCAUCAAGCUUAUCAUUUAAGUUUCUUUCUAAGAAAAAAAACAACAAACUUGUUGAAAGAAGCUCAAAAUUCAAAAAACUUGAUUCCGAGACUUUUGAGGAUGACAACGAUAAAGACUAUAUUGUUUCUGCGGAAGGACAAGAGCUACAAAGUGUCAAGCCGAAAAAAGUCAUUUCUGAGAUCAUCAUUCCAUUGAUUACAAAAAACAAAUGGAGAGUUGAAGGUGAUGACCUUGAGAAGGAAGCUGCAGAAGAAAUACUUAAAGAACUGAGAGAAGAGAAUAAUAGCAGUGUUGAAGUAGGACCUAUUCUUAUGCAAAACCGACCACCCAUUCCACGCAAUGGAGAAGAAAUAAAUGAAAUGUACGAUAUAUCUGUUCGCCCAGAACCUAGCACAUUAGAAGAUUAUGAUAGCAUUCCAAUAACUGUAUUUGGAACAGCAAUGCUUAAAGGAAUGGGAUGGAGUGUAGGAAAACCAAUUGGUUUGAACAAUACAGGUUUAGUUGAACCUAUAGAAUACAUUCCAAGACAUAAAGGGCUUGGAUUAGGUGCUGAAAAAAUGAAUGAAACAAAUAAAUCAAUUCGAAAAAGGAAACUUGGUGAAGAUGAUAUAAAAAAGAAAGAUUACACUCCAAUCAUUGAAAAAGAUGGAAGAGUAAGGCAUAUUAAGGGUUUAAGCGAAGAAGUAAAAGAUAAUUCAAUAGGAUAUUUUCCUGGUUGUUAUGUAUAUAUUCAAAAUGGUCCACACAAAGAUUUAUCUGGAAAAAUUAUUUCAGUGGAUGAGGAUACAACUCGAAUAUCUGUACAGCUUAGAAUAAGUCAGGAGGUGAUUCAAAUUAGCCAAUACAAUGCAGAACUUAUAGACUUAGAAACAUACAAACUUUCGUCAAAUAAAUGCUCAAACAAAACUACAAGCAAACCAAACAAUAAUAUUAAUCCUGUGAGCAGAGACAAAGAAACUGAUGAGCCGUGUUGGUUAGUCCCUAAUAUCCGUGUACGCAUAAUCAGUCAGAAAUAUAAAAAUGGCAAAUUUUACAAUAAAAAGGUUAAAGUGCUUGAUGUCAUUAGUAAAAAUGUAUGCACUUGUAAGACAGAUGACAAGACUCAUUUAGAAGAUGUACAUCAAAAGUAUCUUGAAACUGUGAUACCCAGAGAAAAAGAUUCAUAUGUGAUGAUUGUUUUGGGAAAGUAUAAAGGAAGGCUUGCAAAGCUUCUUGAACGCAGCAGUAAAGACUGUAACGCAGUUGUUCAAAUGACGUCAAAUAAACACGUUAUAAAAAUAUCUUAUGAUCAUGUUUCUGAAUAUCUUGGAGAACUACCAGAUGACGAAUUUUUAUAACUUUUUGAAUACAGCUUGUUUUAAAAAAAAAGCAAGUGGUAAAUAUAUCUCAGCACAGAAGGCUGUCUUUCUUUUCGAUGACCCAUAAAGUCAAUAUCUGCUGUGAAGUUUAAUAUUAUUAAUAAAAAAAAAAACAAUCUUCUUUGAAGCAAAAUUCAAGAUGUUGCAUAUGCGCUGUUUUUUGAGAAGUCUGAGAUCUAAAUAAUUUUAUGUAAAUGUUGUUUAUAUGAAGUGUAUUUUGAAAAAAUGGAAAUUUGUGAAAUAUUAAUUAUCACUAACAUUUUAUCGUAAAAAUAUAAUAAAAAUAAAAGCAAA